GAGGCUGAGUUCCUGAGUAUGGGUUCUUUUGCGUCCCAGCCUCUGGAGACGGUCAAGGUCGGCGCGCCUCCUGAGGCCGCCCCUCCCGCCAAUCCUGCGCCCCUCCAAACAUCCGAAGCCCCGACGUCCCCAGAGCAGCCCCCCUUAUUUAACAACUGCUGGAGCUGUCGCGUGGUCUCCGGGGCGGGGCUGAUAUGGGCGGGCGGGCAUUGCUUGUUGGGGUGUAGUCAUCCUGUCAGACCCCAAAGGGAAGGCCUUCCGCGUUGCUUGAAAGUACCACCAGUGAAUUUGUCAUCCGUCCCUGUCCCCGUGACACACAGAGCAAGCAUGGGACUUAUGGAUGUUCUGGACAGACACAUGGACACUGACAUACUUCAGUUCUGCAGAUAUUACAAGACUGAAAAAACAAACAUUAGUUGGCAUUCUUUGGCCAUGAGUGUUUGUGGCCUUCUAGGGCUCCACAAGGACCAAUAAAUUCCUCAAAGAACA